CUUCCUCCUCACACGCGCGUUAGAACCAAGCUCUUCGAUUCUUUAUUUAAAUAUCUUUCUAUGCUUUGUAAUUUAAAAAGAAAUCAAUAUUUUUUUUCUGAACUGAAGGAGAUUGUGUUCUUUAGUGGCCAGUGUACUUGGUGUAUAAAAAUGUGGAAAUGUUUAAUUGUUCUUGUGUUAUGCCUGUGUGCUCGAAUUGCGGUGAAUGCUGACAAUGUGACCGAGAGAUUAUACGACGAGGAUGACUAUCAGGAACGACGCAAAUGCAAUUGUCGAUGUGGUGAGCGCAACGAGGCGUCGAGGAUCCUGGGGGGUGAGCAGACGGCCGUCAACGAGUUCCCGUGGACAGCACGAUUGACGUACUUUAACAAGUUCUACUGCGGCGCCAUAUUGGUCAAUGAUCGAUACGUGCUCACCGCUGCUCAUUGCGUUAAAGGAUUGAUGUGGUUCAUGAUAAAGGUGACUCUUGGCGAACACAAUCGAUGCAACGAGACCCACCGACCUGUAACCCGCUUUGUGGUGGACAUUGUGGCCCAUAAUUUUACCUACGCCAACUUUAAGGACGAUAUUGCCUUGCUCAAGCUUAACCAGAGGGUCAACAUUACUGAUAUUGUGAAGCCUGUCUGCUUACCGCACAGUGAUGACAACACAUACGUAGGUGUGGUAGCCUUAGCGGCGGGAUGGGGGUCCACAGACGAGCUGAAGAACCACUCCUGCUACCUGCUGGAUGUGGAGCUCCCGAUCCUCAGUAAUGAAGAGUGUCGCAGCACCAAGUACGAAGCUGCCAUGAUUGUGGACAACAUGUUGUGCGCAGGGUACCCCGAUAAAGGGGGUAAGGAUACUUGCCAGGGUGACAGUGGUGGGCCAUUAACAGCUGAAAGAGGAGACAAACGCUACGAACUGCUUGGAAUCGUAUCAUGGGGUAUUGGCUGCGGUCGAGUGGGGUACCCCGGGGUCUACACGCGCGUUACGAAAUACCUCUACUGGAUCCGACACAACGCACGCCACGGUUGCUUCUGCGCAGACUGAAGGACAAUCUAUUGUUCAACAAUCACAAAUACUAUGUAGCAAUACUUAGGUUAUUUAUGCGCCCUUUUAGUUUAAGUACUACUAUUAUCAAUGAAUUAAAUAUAAAU